AUGGCCGGUCUCACCCCCCUCCCCACGCACCGCAUCCACAGCACCACCCGCCUCACACACCAGGAAGCGCACACCUUCCUAUCAAGCUUCCUCGAACGCGCCGACAUCGACGCCGCGUAUCGCCCAGACUCGACGCUGACGGAGCGUGGACCGCAAGCCGUGUCGACGGGCUCGGGUCCGAAUCUGACGCUUCACCAUCUGAAACGUAUCCUGGUGGGCAUUGAGGGCAAGAGAAUAGGAGGAGCAAUCUUAACCGAGGGUGGAGACGAUAACAACCAAGAAACCACCACCUCCGGCAAAGGCACAAAACGAGAACACCAAGAAGAAGAAGAAAGCGCCGACAAAAAGCAAUCAAAGAGAAAAAUCUACAAUGCAGCCGACGACGAUGCCACCAAUGUAAUUGCAGAUGAUAGCGAUGGGCCCGCCAUAGCUGUGCAGCCAGACGAUGGUGAGGCCGGGUGGCAGGAUAAAAAUACUUUUGCGCUGGCGCAGACCGAAGAUAAUCUCGAGGCUACGGCUGACGAUCGCCAUCCUGGAGCGGACCUCGAGCAGCCUACCAAUGAGGCUGAGGAGGAGGAGUUGACUUACGUAGAACAGUCUAUGAACCAAAAAGGCUCCAAGGACAAGGAGGAAAGGAAAAGAUUGAAGAAAUUGCGCCAAAAGCAGGAAAAGGCCAGCAAGGCCGAACAGGCCAGGAAGAAGAGCAGCAAGACGUGA